AGUGACUGCAUCUCAAAAGAUGUACUAAAAAUGAUUUAUUCCUGGAAGCUAGCUGGUGCGGACACUAAUGACAUUAUUGAUCGUUUACGAGUUCAAUGUGUACCAUCAGGUUAUAUUCCGAAGCCUUGGAAUUCAAAUCGUCCUGUUGAAACUUAUUCUGACAAGUUAAGGUCUAUUUUGGCACAAUCUGAAUAUUCACAUCAGAUUUGUCAAUAUACUAUGAAAGGAGUUCCUUUUUCUACUUACAUGUAUGUGCCUGAGGUUCACCCUAUAACUGACUCAGAGUAUCAUGAAAGGGAGGAUAAUGCACAUGUUUUAAAGAGAAUUGCUACUGCCACUAGAUCGGGUGGCCCAGCUCAGCUACAGUUGGAAAGAUUUGUCAAGGCGCUUGAUGAUCCCACCUCUGGCUUGACGUAUCCUGCCUUAACUGGUCAAAGGAAGCAAUCUGUACAGGAUGCAGAACGUUUGUUUAGUGAAGGUGUUGCAAAGUAUAUGGAAAGGAAUGACUAUACUUCUGAGGCAAAGUUUGUGAGAACUGUCCUUAAUUGGCGUAGAGCAUCAGAUGAAAGAGGUUUAACGGAGUUAGAGAGAUGCCGGUACAACUACAACAUGUUAAAUUUUCUAUUAGACGAUUUAAUGCCUUGGCAUAGAGACAAUUAUGAUUUCAGUACUUUAGAAGUAAACAGAGACACCACUGCCAUUCAAGGCAUGACACAGUAGACUCUAAUUGCAUUGACUACAACAAUUGA